GUUCACCCAGUAAGACAUGACGCCAUUUUAUUAAAUUCAUUGUUAACGUACAUAACUUCUGUAUUUUGCUGAGUAAAUUGAGUCAUAGUGUAUAUCUAGUAAUCUGAUAUAAUAUACACUAUAAUAUAUUGUGUUUAAUGUGUAUACAAGCGCUUAUCGCCAACAACUUACAUUUGAAGAACAAAAUAAAUGCUAAGACAAAUCUUACCUGUAAAUGUUUUUAAUCAACCAUGAUUAAAAAACGAAUCUCGAGUUCACCAAACGACCAGUCAUGAUUCAUCAAACAGGAAACAGUCAAACAAAGAUUUCCUGAAAAAUCAGUUUAUUUUGCUCCAAAAAACACCCGUGAAGGAAACACACAACCGCUAACUAGAGAAGAUUAAAGAUACACAGUGCAAAACUGACCAAUCACGUAUCAGUUGGCUGGGAAACGCUGGAACACAUUCGAAUUCUUACGAGAGACACCUCUUACAAUCCACAUUCGCAAUUACUCUUACUUGACAAGUGUUUAGUUGAGUUGUACAAAGUUCGCUUUGAAUAAUUUGCUUUUCGUACAUUGUCAACUGAUAGCGUACGAUUUAUUAAGGCUUACUCUGACAAACGAGCUUUACUUAGUGAAUUUCAGUAUUUAUUGUAGGUUUAUUUAACAUUUCUCAUAUUUAAGUGUACGGAAAUUAACCCAAAAAUGUUAUUUACCGUACUCGGAGUAAUUGCUCUCUUCCUGAGAGAAAGAUCCAUCAAUUCCACCGUCUCAGGUCAAGAUGAAAGCUUCGACCGUCAAGGACUGGUCACGGUACCCCCCGUGGCCACCAGUGAUGGUCAAGAAAUCGGUGACUGGUGUGAAGAAUUAUCUUUUCAUCUGGAGGAACAGAUCAAUGUUCAGACUGAGGAACCAUCACUGGAGGAACCUGUUGAUGGUCAGAGUAAAGAACCAUCACUGGUAGAGUCUGACAGUGUUCACGGUGAAGAUCCAUCACUGGUAGAGCCUGACAGUGUUCACGGUGAAGAACCAUCACUGGUAGAGCCUGACAGUGUUCACGGUGAAGAACCAUCACUGGUAGAGCCUGACAGUGUUCACGGUGAAGAACCAUCACUGGUAGAGCCUGACAGUGUUCACGGUGAAGAACAAUCACUGGUAGAGUCUGUCGAUGGUCACAGUGAGGACUCGGCCAGCUCCUCCAGAAGUAGUGAUAAUGUUCCUCAAGAGAUUUACUCAGCCGGAUUCAACUGUAGUAUUGAGCUCACAGCCAGCUCCUACAGCAGCUUCUUCUCUGCUGAGUCCGGCUGUGGUGAUGACGCCUCUACAGAUUUUCUGUCCGCUGAGUCCGGCUGUGGUGAUGACGCCUCUACAGAUUUUCUGUCCGCUGAGUCCGGCUGCGGUGAUGACCCCCCUCCAAAUGUGGUCUCUGCUGAGCCUGGCUGUAGUCAUGACGACCCUCCAAAUGUGGUCUCUGCUGAGCCCGGCUGUAAAGAUGACGUCGCUCAAGGGGCAACCUGUCAGACAAAGGGCGCUGUCCCACCUCAGCCAGAAGAGCAGAAGAACAAAGACACACACAUCAUUGAGAUCAACUCAAAGUCUUAUGAAAUCGGGGCUGAGCUGGGCAAAGGAGGCUAUGGAACCGUUUUCGCAGCGACCCGUUUACAAGAUGGUCUUCAAGUGGCAGUAAAAAUUGCAGAUUUCAAGGACAGGCGAUACAUCCGUGUUGAUGGGUUUGACAGACUACUUCCAGAGGAGAUCGCUCUGCACUAUCUUGCUACUAAAGGCCCCAAGGUUAAACAAAUUGUUGAUCUUCUGGACUGGAAGGUGGAAGCUGAUUGCUACUUCAUGGUCCUAGAGCGGCUCAUACCCUGUGUGGACUUAAGUAAUUUUUUAGAAGACCACAAAGGCAUUGUUGCAGAGGACGUGUUACGGAAAAUCAUGUUCCAGGCAACAAUUGCAGCUGACACAUGCCUCAAACGUGGAGUGUUUCACCGCGAUAUCAAGCUGGAGAACUUGCUGAUUAACCCAGAGACCUUAGAAGUCAAACUGACUGACUUCGGGUGCGGUGCCCUCUUUAAUGAGAACGGUUACACAGAGUUUUGGGGCACACCACAGUACUGCCCUCCCGAGUUUAAAGGUGUUAACACAUACGAUGCUGAGCCAGCGACAGUGUGGACACUCGGGAUUCUUCAGUAUUUGCUAAUAUUCAACAAUUUCCCAGAAAACCGUGACCUCUUCAGGUUGAAUUCUGGACAUGCAAAGCAUGAUGGAUGGUCAAAAGAAUGCAAUGAUUUCCUCUGCAGUUGUCUGGAAAUUAACUACCCUUUUCGACCCAAGUUGCAUGCACUCCUUGACCAUGCCUGGUUUAAGGUAAUGUAAAGACUUUAAAGGAUUUUGUCAUCAGUCAAAUGAUUCUGUCAUGAGCUGAGUUUCCAUUAUAAUGUGAAGCACAUCUUUUCAAAGUUCACUAAAUAUAUAUUUUGUAAUUAUAAAUGUGAAUUAUGAGCAAAUGAUUUCCAUCAAGUUGGUCGAGCAGCUGAAAUGUAGUAUUGGUAACCUCGUAACCAACAGUAAACAAGGGGAGUUUAAUUGAGAAAUCAAAGUUCAAUUGACAAAUGCAUUUCCAUCAUGAACCCUUUUUCACACAAAUCCAAAAUGACCUCAAGUGAGUAUAAAACAUUUUGUAAAUUAAGGGAUUCUUAUUUAAACGUGUUUCUCAUGUGAUACUUGAAAAGGUGCAUCAACACAGGCUGAUGGAAACCCAGCUAGUGUUAGACGACAGUCCUGUGCUCUUAAAUUUUCUUUUUUUUUUUUAAUUGAAUUUAUUUAAAAAUACUUUAUUGCUUUUCUUUUAAUUAUAUGUUGUUUGUCUAAUGCAAUAAUGCUGUAAACCUGAUCACUGUUUUUGUUUCAGGAGGAGAACAAGGAAGAGGAUUAGAACUGAGGAGAAAUGUCCUCAUUUAAUGGGUGGAUCUAGCCAUUUUAAACCCCACCACCAUAGUCCUUUAGCUAAACAUAACUUUAUCCACAGAAAGCUGAACAUAAUUUGGUUCUGCAGUGUCAUAGCUCUUAUUUUAACAUUUACACUGGCUCUAAUUAAGCUUCCUGUAAAGAAAACAACAACAAAAAAGAUAAAGCACUUAACAGUUUAGACCUUCAUAUAGUGUACAUAGCCCUUCCCACACUUUUAUAUCAGCUUUUGCUUCAACUUUUACACUUCCACAUGCUAAAAUAAAAUGUAUAAAAAAAUUAAAUAAAUAAAAAUAAAUAUCUCAGUCGUUCCCAGUCCAGGUCCACAUAUUUUGGGUGUCUCUCUCUAAAAAAUGUCAUUUGAGCCAGAGGAGAGAGACUCCUGACCAAUGAUCACUGGGAUCAACUGAUAUAUAUACAGGGUUUCCAAUGAACAUUAUCACUCACCAGUCAAUUUGGCCACAAAACUAGAAAAAAAACUUAUAAAAUAAAACAAUAAGUAAAAAAAAUAAUAAAACAAAAAAAAGCAUAAAUAAAAUAAUAAAACAAUAAAAAAACUGCCUAUAUUGAAAUAUAAAUCUAUAACUGGCCAUGUUAUUGACCAAUCAGAAAUUCUUCUAGAAACAAAAAAAUUAAAUAAAACAUUAAAAAAGUAAGUUAUGUUAUUUAUUACUCAUCCUCAUGUUCAUCAUCAGAACUAUUUUUAUUUUUAUGUUAGAGCUCCCUCAUCCAGACUCAAAGUCCACAAAAACAGUAAAAACAUCCUCAAAACAGAUCAUACGCCUUCAUAUAAAACAAACAUUUUUAUUCACAGUUUCUUCUCCUCAGUGUGAUUAUAGGGCACGCGUUCACAAGCACUGUGCAGUGACAUAUACCCCACGGAUGCCUGUGCGACUUCCUCUCUGACUUCCUCUCUUAAAAACUUCACAGGCACAUCCAAGGUUAUAUGUCAGAGGCGCAACACAUGAACGCGUGCCCUAUACUGACACUGAGGGAAGAAACUGUUGAAUAAAGUUAAUUUUGUUUUAUGUGUCGUUCCCAGUUCAAGUCCAUAUAUUUUGAGUGUCUCUCUCUAAGAAAUUUAAUUUGAGCCAGAGGAGAGAGACUCCUGAUAAAAUA